AUGGCUCCCCCUAAGAAAGAUGCAUUUGCUGAUUUGUUUCUGUCUGCAGCAGGCUCGGGCCUGAGCUCCCCGUUGAACUCAAAUAUGAACAAACUUUCCUUGCAGGAACAAUUGCAUACCAAGAAACCUCCAACGUCCCAGAGUCCAUUCAACAACUGGGAUGUGUUAUCUUCAGGCAAUUCCACGCCUCCACCGGCGAAUAAACCUUCUAAUAUUGAUCCUUUUCUGGUUUUUGAAACGAAAAAGUCCCCUCCUUCAAAUAUCGAUGACGAUCUACUAUUUGGCCUAGGUGAACCUAGUAAGCCUUCAGCUCCAGCCAAGUCUAGUGGUACUCCAGUGAACAAGGCAACGGAAUCGCUGGUGGGGAACCUUCUUGAUGACGAUUUUACUGAUGCUUAUACGCCAGAGCCUGAACCGGUGCCUGUGAAAGAACCAGAGCCUGAGAUCAGACAGCCUGUGGCUCAGAAACCAACUGAUUUCAGAGAACUGGAAGAGUCUGGCGAGCCGGGAAGAGACUCGGUUUUGGCCGGGCUUGUGGAUAUUGGGUUUUCCGUGGAAUCUUCUAAUAAAGCCAUUGACGAGGUGGGACCUGAUCUCCAGAGCUGUGUGAAUUAUAUCAUGAGUGGAGGUGAAAGAACACCUGCCAGCGCUCCAAGCCGGUCUUCUCGGUCUUCUAGGAACCAGGAACAACGUGGCCGUGAUAGUCCUCUGUCUCAGCAAGAUUUGGGUGCCGCUUUCCAGGAUUUUUCAACAGAUAUGUUCAAAAAGGCAUCUUGGUUUCUUGCCAAAUCAAAGGAAACAGUUACUAAGAAUAUCGAGCAGUUCCAGAACUCUCGUGAUCGUGACGGCCAGGGCUCUAUGCCCGCUUGGAUGAGACAGCAAGAAGAAUACAGAGAAAGAGCCCUGGAGAGAAAGAAGGAUGGCACUACUUUUGAAGAUUACGGCACCGAUGCGGAAAACAUCGACCAGGAGGAGAUCCAGCGUAUUAUGAAGUUGCAGAAGCAGCGUGAGAAGGAGAGACAGAAACAGAGGAUCGAUAAGUUGAAGGAAGGCGUUACCAGAAGCAGCAGAGACAGUCUGGCUCGUCUGUCUCCACAACCACAAAUGCCUCAAAGACCUUCUCUGGCGUCGGUUUCCAGAGGCGAAACACCUCCAGCAAAACCUUCUAGGCCUGUCUCCCAGCCAGUACAUCCUAAUGGCCAGCGUACGAAGCCUGCUCCUGCCCCAGCUCCUGCUCCAGUCGAAGAUGACCUAUUGGGGCUCUCUGACGGCUCUCUCACUCCUAGUGAACGUUUCAAGGCCUCUCAGAAAGAUGAUGCCGCUUAUGUUUCUCCUGCUAGAAGGCGGAGAGCCCAAACUCCUUCCAAGCCUCGUGUUGCAACUGCAGAACCUCUUAAUGCCUUCCAACAAUCAGAUUAUGAAACUUUUAAAGCUAAGGGAACAGAGUCAUUUACUAACGGUGACUACGACGACGCUUUCAACUCCUAUAGCAAGUGUCUUGAGAGUCUUCCAGGUAAACACGAGCUUCGCAUUGUUAUAACAUCUAAUUUGGCCAUCACCAACAUCAAGCUUGGAAACUACAAGCUGGCUAUGCAGCAGUGUGAUGAUGGUAUUGCUCUUGUUGGUGAAAAUAUCAACGACAGCGACUGGGUCUUGAACAAUAAAGAGAUCAAAUACUGGUACGUCAAAUUAUUAAUCAGAAAAGCAGAGAGUCUUGAAAUGCUAGAGAACUUCCCUGCUUCUCUUGACUGCUACAUGGAGCUCAUCUCCAAGCAUGGCAUCAACGAGAAGAAAGUCAUGGAUGCCAAAAGAAGGGUCAACAAUAUUGUCAACCCACCCAAGCCUGCUCCAAAGAAGGCGGCUCCUCGUCCAACAAGCACGCCUACGUCUGCUAAUAACGCUCAGGUAAGAAAGAUCAGGAAGCAUAACAUAGACGAAAAGGAGCAGGAAGAGAAAAAAUUCAAAUUGCAUGAUCAAGUGCAUGAACGAGUCCAAGCAUGGAGUGGUGGUAAAGAGGAUAACUUGAGAAACCUCCUCAUGUCGCUUAGUGACGUCCUUCCACAAAGACUUGGUUUCCCGUUCAUCACUGAUAAGAAGCUUACCAUUAACGAUCUUAUGCUCACGAAGAAAGUGAAGAUAAACUACAUGAAAGUCAUCAGUGCCAUUCACCCAGACAAACUAGGGAAGUUUGAGUUAGAGGACCAGAUGGUUUGUCAGGCGGUGUUCAUCACUUUGAACAAAGCCUGGGAUACUUUCAAGGAGCAAAACGAUAUAGCAUGA